AAGAAUCCGCAAAUUGAAGGGGCGGAAGAGGUGGAGGUGGUGGUGGUGGUGACGAGUCUUAGGGCAAACGCAUGAGAUGGCUCUUCUCACCGUAUCCGCAAUCUGGAAUGAAAUCGAUCUCUCUGAGAGUUAUCUGGUGUGUUGCAUGUUUAAGGAGGCAGCAUCUCUUGUUUCUUCAACAGUUCAUCGUGUACGUAGCACUCCUUUUGCAGAUGCAGUUGAUGAUGUUCAAAUGGCUGAAAUGAUGGAGUCAGCUGGUAUGGUGUUUGUCCAGUCAAUGAAAGAGUUGGGAAGGACACAGGAACUGUUUGUUGAGCUUAGAGAAUUGUUUGGUUCAGUGGAAACCAUACCUGUUCAAGUGUUUCUAACAGGGUAUCAUAAAUCUGUUAUUCAGUUGUAUCCUUCGUACUUCUCUAAAUUCGUUUCAUCAUUGCUUUUUUACCUGUUAAUGUGUGGUGACCUUAAUAGAGUUUCAUUUUUUUCAAUCUCUCGAAAUGAUGCUGUAAUGAAUUGUAGGGCUUGCAUGCAAAUUUCAGAAAGAUUUACAUCCAACCUUAGAGCAAUCUUUGAAGAGUUCCUCAGCAAGUGGAAGUAUGUAGAUGGUGGAAUUUAUGUUUUGACAGUAGCAGAGCCAGAAAGCUCUUCUGACAAAGUAGGCAUGAAGCAGCCUGUCAUGGGAGCUAAGAAUUAUUUGGAGAUUGCUGAAGUUUACACCAUUACCGUCCUUGGGAUGGUUUUAUGUAGUCCAGACCUUGCAAUAUCCUGGACAGAGAAAGCAGAGUUGCCUGAAGAAAGCCGUCAGGUCCUACUGAGGAGGUUGCACUCAUUGGUCUCUGCUAAAAACUCUAGCUCACAUUCAAAUUUAGGAGGUGGUCUACGGCCAGAGCAAGCACACAGUCUAUCAUCUUCUACCAGUGGGUCUACUUUUAGUGGAAAUGAAGCUUAUCCCGAAGCCGUGAAACAAGAACUGCACUCUGCUGGGGGGCGAUCAAGGGGAGGCCUUUUCAAGACUGUUCGUCCAAGUAUUCGGAACAUCUUGGAACAGAUUAGUUGUUGCUUCUGGUGGUUCCGUACAAUCCAUUUGAAAUUUGGCAAUGUUCAUUUGGUUCUUCCUAGCGGGAAACAAAUGCUUGUGUGCUCAUUGAUAGUUCUAACAUACUACAUUCUCCGUCAGAAAGGCACAAUCCUGAAACGAUCAGUCGCUACACAAGCCGCAGCGAUCAAAAGAGCUCUGGUUGAUGCUUGGCAGCUAGCAUUUUCUGUCCAGGUGAACCCACUGGCUGCCAUUCAGCAGCUGCCCUCUGCUCCACAUGGAAGCAUGCAAUGAUUUGACAUUUCAGUGUCCUACGUUGCCCUCGGGGCUCACUGUAUACUCUCAGAACUGAAUGGAACAAAGCAAAAGAUUAUUCUCAUUCUUCAUGGGUGUCCCUGCGAAGCAGAAGCAUGAAGAAGACCACCAUCCGCGGUUGCUUUAUUCCACAUUUGCUAUUUUGUGCUGAAAGGGAGAAACACUUGAAGAACCAACAGUAUCGAGAAAAAAUUUACUUGUACAUUAAGAUUGCCUCGCAUCAAGGCACAUACCAUCAUUUUACCGAUUGUUAUGAGGUAAGUGGCAUCAAAAUAAGUUUGUUGUACUUAUCCCGCUUCUGCAUCUGCAAGCAGCAUAUCCUUGAAAAUACUUUCAUGUUGUAUGCAAAGCGCGAUCGUCCGAUCAAACUUUGAACAGCUAUAGUAUAUUUCUCAGUCUAUUUUCCCGUUUGACAUAACAAGAUGCUUGGUUUUGUGUUU